AUGAUGGGGUUCUUCAAGAAGCGCGGCGGCGCUGUCGUUGAUGGCGACCAGAUCGACAGCUCAGAUUCUGCUUCGCCUCAUCGCCAGCACGAGUCGACUAGGCACGACGAGAUCGUCCAUGAUGAGAAUGUCUCUACGAUUGAGACUCAGAAAUGGAAGGCGACAUCGAAGAAAGGCGGCGAUGUCGCUCAAGCGCUCUUUGACUCGCCCGACCAGCUUCACGAGUCGAUUGAUCCGGCUGAAGAGAAGAAGCUGGUGCGCAAGAUCGACUUUAUGAUCAUUCCAUAUUUGGCUGUCUGCUAUGCUUUCUUCUACAUUGACAAGACGACGCUCAGCUAUGCCGCAAUCUUUGGCAUUCGCGAGGAUUUGAAUCUCGUGGGAACGCAGUAUAGUUGGCUGAGCAGUAUCUUCUACUUCGGCUUCCUGGCCUGGGCUCUACCUACUAAUCUCCUCCUUCAACGCUUCCCAGUAGGGAAGUAUUUGGGCUUCAACAUCUUCCUCUGGGGCUUCUUCCUCAUGCUUCAAGCCGCCGCACCGAACUUCAGCGCCCUCGCCGCCCUCCGUGCCCUCGCUGGCGCAGCUGAGGCAGUCGCGGACCCUGCCUUCAUGCUCGUCACCGCAAUGUGGUACACUCGCCGCCAACAACCUAUCCGCAUGGGUCUCUGGUACACAGCCAACGGCCUCGGAAUCGCACUCGGUGGCCUCUUAGGCUAUGGAAUCGGCAACAUCAAAGGCAGCCUGCCAUCCUGGAAAUUCGAGUUCAUCAUCAUUGGCGCCUUAUGCUGUCUCUGGGGCAUUGUCAUGUGUAUUUUCCUACCCGACAGCCCCGUCACAGCCAAAGGUCUCACGCAACGCGAAAAACGCAUCGCAGUCGAACGACUCCGAGAAGACCAAACUGGAAUCGAAAACAAACAUUUCAAAUCUUAUCAAAUCCGCGAAGCAUUCCUGGAUCCAAAAUUAUAUCUUUUCUUCAUCUUGGGCAUGGUCUGCAAUAUCCCUAAUGGCGGAAUCUCGAAUUUCGGAACGAUCAUUAUUCGAGGCUUCGGAUUCUCCACGCUCGUCACGACGUUGAUGCAAAUUCCCUACGGCUUCAUAAUUGCCGUGAGCAUUCUCGUUUGCGUAUACUUGAACGAUUACAUGUCGCGGAAAGGCCGGCAGACAAGAUGCUGGUUUAUCUUACUAUUCUUGCUUCCGAAUAUCGCUGGUGCCUUUGGCCUUCGAUUUCUGGCGCAGGAUAACAUGGGCGGAAGACUGACGUGCUAUUAUUUAACGGGUCCGUAUAAUGCGGCUUUCUGUAUGAUUUUGUCGUUGACGACGGCGAAUACGGCGGGACAUACGAAGAAGGUGGUGACGAAUGCUGUUCUGUUUCUGGGAUACUGUACCGGAAAUAUUGUUGGUCCGUUUUUCUACCUGGAAUCGCAGCAGCCUGGGUAUGAGUUGGGGAUCUGGUCGAUGAUUGUUAGUCAUCUGAUUGAGUUUGUGGUGAUUUUGGUGUUGAGGAUGUUGCUGAGUCGGGAGAAUAAGAGAAGGGAUAUGAUUCAGAGUAUGCAGGAAGGUGGUUUGGAGGGAAGAGAUCUGGAUGGGACUGCAUUUGCCGAUUUGACGGAUCGCGAGAAUUUGAACUUCCGAUACAUCUAUUGACGGGAGCGAAGCAGGUUGAAGAGUCGAGACAGCAAGGUCAUUACUUCAUGUGCAUUUCGGCAUUGGAAUGGAUGUCUUGCUGCAUACCUGGAGCGAAUUCA